GAGGCAGAGGAGGAGGCGGCAACGACACGGCAAAUUACUGAGGAUAUCACCAACGUCCAUAUAAACAAGAUAAUCACCAGGCAAAUUAUUGCUGCUGCUACUUCACCAUUUGUGCAUUUCCUCUUCUACUAUCUUAGCUGCAGCUCGCACGCUUUGAGUACGUGCAUUGUUCAACUGCCAUUUCUCUCCUCAAUUCCAAAAAAAUAUAUUCACCUUUUUCUCAUUCGAGCUAAACCAUUUCGAUCAAUGGAAUUCGGACGAUCUCCAGCCCUUCUACUCCUUGUUGGGUUCCUAUGGUCACAGCUGCAGUUCGGCGCUGAGUCAGCUGGCACGACGGUCUUCACGCUGCGCAACAACUGCACCUACACCGUCUGGCCGACCACCUUGUCCGGAAACACCGCGGUGGCCAUCGGGGGUGGCGGCUUCGAGCUGUCGCUCGGUGCCAAUGUCUCGUUCCCAGCCCCGGAUGGUUGGUCCGGCCGCUUGUGGGCGCGCACGGACUGUGCACCCUCCGGCACCGCGUCCCUCGCCUGUGCCACGGGGGACUUCGGCGGCGUUGUGAGCUGCUCCCUCGGUGGCGCGCCGCCCGUCACCCUCGCCGAGUUCACGCUGGGCAGUGCCGACGGGAAGGACUUGUACGACGUGAGCCUCGUGGGCAGGGGCAGACGGGGGAGCCCGCGCGCCACUCCUCCCCCCGCCGCCCGCGCGCUGCUCCUCGCCGCCCACCCGCAGCUUCUCCCCCCACCACCGCUGCGUCGCCCGCCGCCGCCAUCACCGCCGCCGCGUCGCCCCUCACCGGCCGCUGACGCCCUCCUCCUCCCGCUGGCUGAGUGCACUCUCUCCAUCAUGCCGGAGUCGCCGUGCCAACCAAUCUGUUGGCACCACUCGCAAGUCUUUGUCGAGAUCGAUUCCAGCCGCCAGUGA